AUCUCAAAGCUUUUGAAAGAAGACUUACUGAAUAUAUUGCAUGUUUGCAACCAGCUACAGGACGUUGGAGAAUGAUACUGAUAGUGGUAUCAGUCUGCACGGCAACUGGUGCUUGGAAUUGGUUAAUAGACCCGGAGACACAAAAGGUGUCAUUUUUCACAUCACUUUGGAAUCACCCAUUUUUUACAAUUAGCUGUAUUACCCUAAUAGGCUUGUUCUUUGCUGGAAUACAUAAAAGAGUGGUGGCACCGUCAAUUAUAGCAGCCCGAUGUCGAACUGUUUUGGCAGAAUAUAAUAUGUCCUGUGAUGAUACUGGAAAAUUAAUUUUGAAACCUAGGCCUCAUGUUCAAUAAGGGCUGUCUUCCUUCAUUUUUUUCCACUGCCAUGGAAACCAAAAAUGACCUUUUUUUAAAGGUAGUAUGACAGCAAAAAAACAAAUGGGACUGGUUGUCACUGCCUGGGAGUGAAAGUCUUACACAGUUGACAGUGAAAGUGUGCAAUAUUACUUUCUUGAAUAUUUAUCCAAAUUCUUUGUUAUCAUAUUAUCAGUGCUUUUGCUACUUCUGAUUACCUCUUUUUCAGUAUUAGUGUCACUUUUUUACUUCAGCUAGAACUGAACAUACAGGUGAAGUAUGUUAAUUGGCUAUGAAGUUGAACUUGAAAAUCAAACCUCAUUUGUGUUACAUGUCUUUGUAAGCAAUUGUAAAUAGCAGAUUGAUGCCAAUGUUCAGGAAAAGAAGUAAUAUUUGCCGUAUGGAUUUUUUUUGUUCUCAUGAACAGUGUUGAAAGGAACACUUACCAUUCCCAUGACGUUUUAUUAGCACACUUACUCAAUUACCACUGUCCUUGUCUCCUGGUUGCUCUUUUUGGAACUGGUUGAAAGGCUUGCAGAAAGACUGUCUGUGCUGGAGAAAACUGGUCUUAUUGUUUAAGAACUGUGCAAAUAUACAAAGGAUUGCAUUUGUCAAGUUGUAUAUAUAGUGCACCAGCCACUUUCAUUGUGGUCAUACAUAUCCCCUUGUUUGAUCUGGUUCACAACACUGCUAUUUUAAGAUUUUAAUAUUUUAAAAAUUGUCUUAAAUAUGCUUGUAUCUUCAUGAUUGUAAGGUUGUACUGUAUCUUAAGUCCACGUGACCCAUUCUGAGUGGAUUUUUAUGCUGUGAUAAUCUGAAUAUGAAACUAGUAUUGCAAAUGUAUAACUUCAGAUUUGGUGAAGAAGAUAUAAAAAGUGCCACAAUAAAAUAACAAAAUUUGUUAUUCAGAGUGUUAAAAACAAGCUGUGGAUGUUAUAUGCAUGAAGUCUAACUUUUGAAUAGCUAAAAUUGUAAAGAGUUCUAAGAGUUUAAGUUUUUCAAGGUGCCUUUUUAAUUGUUUCAAACUCUUUUAAGUGACUAAAUCUGCAAAGCUGUUGCAACUUCAGUAACUCCUACUACAAGGUAGACAGGCUUUUAAAGUCAGCUUAUUGAUGUAACUUUGUCAGCUGAGACACUAAGAGUCGUCUCCAGUAAUUUUUCAAGUAAGUCUUCUGCCCAUCCAUUAUUUUUAACUGCUGUAUAUUUUGUAGGUAAAUGUGUAUAAAAUAAAUUCUUUGUAUAAACAG